AUGACUGAAGCUAUGGAAAACGUCAUCAGCGAGCAGCUUUCCAAUCUUGAUUUCGAUGGAAUCUUGAAAAGAGCCGAAGCAAUUGACAAAGAUAUUAAAGAUGGGAAGUAUGCAAUAAUUCCCCCUUUAUCGGAUGAGGAGCAGAGACUUCUGGAUGCGGAGAUUGCCAAACGUGCUCCAUCGCCAGAAGGCGUUCCAGAAGCUCACGAUUUUCCACUUCACGAAAUGGUUAUCGAGUUGGGAUUGGAUCAACCGGCGGAAGGGGGGGAGCCAGAGUUCUAUGAGGAUUUGAAGAAAAAGAAUGCAGCAACCGUUUAUAAGAAUAUGAAGGAGAUCCCCGACUCGAUUGCUCGUAAGUAUAUCCCUGACUUGGCUCGCCGUUUCGUGGAAUUCGAAAGACGCAUCAAACGUAUCGAACGGACCCUUUGGGCUCUUCCAAGAGAGGAUCGAAGUCUUGAGGAAGAUAGAUUUGAGAUUCUCACUGAACUUUUGGAUAAGGCCGCUCAAGGACUUGAAAUUUGGGAGGAGCAUUGUCAGCGUAAAAUUCCUCUUGGACAUCGCUGUGUUUUGGAGGGAGAACUCAUUCAUCUCAUCGAUUCAAAAUUCGAUUUGAUUGAUAAAAUUUGUGGAGAAUUCGACAAAUUGAAGGGUCAAAAGAGUGAUGUAGAUGAUGAGCGUGAUAUGCUUCGCUAUGAAAUCCGCCACUGUGACAUGAUCUUCACUGAGAUCCACGAGAAGUUUUUGAAGUCUUACUUGGAAAUGGAAUGGUGA